AGAAUCUAUCCAAUGAAGCUUGCUUACCAUGGCACACGCCACAUGCAACCCGACACUUGCCGCUAAUCCGGGACCUGCCUUUCUCUUUUGGCACUCGGGCAGUCAGGUUCGCCUUGGAAUGUGCCUUGCCUGUGGGAUUUUGAUGCCGUCGCACUCGGCUUAAUUCUCACAGCACACAAAGACACCACGUCCACCCAACGACUCCAGACCACAGAAUCCUCGCUUGAUCAUCAGAAUCCCUUCCGUGUUCGGACGCUCGAGUAAGCGGUCACUGUUCGCAACGAGUUUCCUUUCCCACGGGUUUAUCCCGCUCUCCAUACGGAGUACAUCCGCAUGGCGCCACAAUCUGGUCGUCCCAACGACCAGUCCCUGUUGGACAGGCUGAAUGCCCUCAAACCAACAGCGGUCACACUUGGGGAGCCAAAAAACAACGCGAUUUCUUCUGGACCGAAAUCCCAACCGGCGUCGAGGGAAGAUAUUUUGGCCCAACGGCUGCGGAUUCUUCGGUCCCAAUCGAGUAGCAGUAGCCGCCUUGAGGGUCUUGCCCACUGCGACAGCCGCUCGCAGCCGCCGGGCAUACCAGGCCGUGAGGGAGUUGGGUCAGCAGCACCGCCUUCUGUAGAGCGCCCUGCCAUAGGCGGCCCGGCUCUCAAGGAAGGAGUUGCCAGUCGAGCAACUUCGGUGUCCCAAGAGAGCCGCACAAUUGCCAAGCGGCAAGCACCCUCGUAUCCCGGUCUUUUCGUUGAGUCAACCGCGGUUGAUGAGGAUGCCGUCGACGAGCUCUUAGAAGCCUUGAGAGAUGAAGAAUUCGACCUCGCCGUGGAAGACUGCGUGGAAACGCCCCUUGAUUCCAAUUCAAACAACGAGACAAAGGAAGUUGGCAGUCUUCUUGAGUCGCUCGGCAGAGAGACCGAGGAUUCUGUCUCCACUGGAGACAAUAUCCGGCCAGAGGACGAUGAUGACUCGGACGGGGAGCAUAUGACACGAGCCGUCGAGCAGCUGCUUGCACAGAUUGGAGAGGAGAUGAACGCACUGCCCCCGCCUGCAGCAGCGGCUGCCGAAGGCGACAGUGGCCGGUCCCAGGAAUCGGAGCUUGAAUCUGGAGCAGCACCACUCCCUCAUAUUGUGAAAAGGCACGGGAAUGACGACCAGCCCUCCUUGGCCCUCCCUGUCGUACCUUCACGGCUCGUAGAUUCAGCACCGGACACGAAGCCAGAAGACGACUUCGAGAAGGACAUAUCUGCGCGCCUGGCUUCCCUCAGGGGUCUUGGGCCCCUGGACGAACUGGGGCUGCCUUCAGCGCCGACGUUCAGCCCUCAAGACCAGGCUCCCGCAAUCACCCGCUGCAGGGGACUGCUGAAAUCAACCAAAUACACGGACGAGGACCAUGAGACUUGGUGUAUUGUGUGUCUCGAUGACGCGACCAUCAGGUGUGUAGGGUGCGACAACGAUGUCUACUGCGCCCGUUGCUGGAAGGACAUGCAUAUUGGGCCUUCGGCAGGCUAUGAUGAACGGGGUCACCAAUGGGUGAAGUUUGAGAGGACCGGUCGACCAUAGCCGUUUUGCUUAGAGUUAAGAAAGCUCACAUACGCUUGAUACAGGGGAAAAGGAAGCGGCACGCCGACGUUACUCGAAAUCCUUCCUAUCAGUCCAGGCUGAUCCUGACCAGUCAGUCGAGAACCUCUCUCAUGCCAUCCAUCCCUUUUGCC